AUGCUCGCUCGGCUUGUUCCUCGUCUUGACACCAAGAAGACGUUGUUGUUCGUUUGUGAUAUGCAAGAAAAAUUCAGUAAGACGAACAAAUUCUUCCCGGAAAUCACACAAACAGCAAAACGAAUUGUGGAGUCGGCGAACAUUCUCCACAUUCCAAUCAUCGUUACUGAACACUAUCCGAAAGGCCUUGGACCCACUGUGUCAGAGCUAGGGCUCGAUAAUGCAGUGAUUCGAUAUCCGAAAACUCAAUUUUCUAUGUGUGUCCCAGAGGUUGUGCCGUUCCUGGAGAACAAAGAAAGUGUGAUUCUUGUCGGAAUAGAAGCCCACGUAUGCAUUCUUCACACGACCUAUGCUCUAAUUGAGCGAGGCAUCGACGUGCACGUUGUUGUGGAUGCUGUCACUGCCAGAACACUCGUUGACAGGAAAUUUGGUUUCAAGCAGCUUGAGCGAGUUGGUGCUGUCCUAACCACGUCGGAGUGUGUGCUGAUGGGUUUGCUCAAGGAUGCGGCUCAUCCAAAGUUCAAAGAAAUUCAGAAACUUGUUAUGACCGAAGCUCCUGAUUCACGUUUGAUGGAGAUGUAG